AUGGACCUGAAUCCGGAACUCACGCGUCUUUACUCCUGCAGUAAAUGGGCCGGUCGAGAUGCCAACGAGGUUCUUGAUGAGUAUGUUCGUAUAGGUCUAGAAACAUGUAAAAAACUUCGAAUUUCACCUCACAUUGAGGAUUUACCCUACCAGGAUCGGCAAAGCCCAGGAUUCAGCGACUUAGCGAGGGUGGAUAUUUGGGGACCGGUGAAAAACCAUCUGGUGAUUCUUAUACAUGGUGGUUUCUGGCAGGUGAAUACUUUAUUAACAUAG